CCUACACUUUCUAACUGAUUGCACGUAUAAACACUUGCACGAUGAAGAGCUAUAUACUUGCCUUUGUACUGCUUUUAUCGUAUGAUUAUGCCACAGGUCAAUGUAAUUUCCCGUGCAAAGCGCAAAAAAGGCUUUAUGAUUGGCUUGCAGAUAAUGGUGACGCUACUGGUUCUCAGGUAAAGUUCGACGCGUCAACUUACACACUUUCUGUAAACGGCACAGAGUAUAAAACGGACUGUGUUCAUCGAUCUGGACCUUUCUAUGUACUAAGACGUACAAUUAAUGGAGUAGUUUCUUAUAUUUGCCUGAAGAACUCGAGGUUUACAAUAUCUGCUGACUUCUUAGUCUUAUUUAGAACUGAAUGGAAGGCAUUUACUGGAAAUCCAACUUUGUGUGACGUGUGCACCGGAAAGGAUUUUAUUGCACCGGAACUUUUAAACGAUGUGAAUACCACUGGUAAGUAA